AUGGUUGACCUUGGCUCUCACAGCCACAAGCGCCGCGCGAGCGAGAGGGGUGAUAGUCCAGAUCGCGUCACUACCGUCUCUCUCGCAAGCGGAAGCAAGGGCUCGUUCUCAUUCGGUUUCACCGAGUCUUUACCUUCCUCCCCCUCUGGCCCCUCUUCAUCACCCCCGCGCAUCACCUGGCCUCAUCCCACGCCGGAAGCAUCCUUCUUCGGAUCGUCACCCUUCCUUGGGACGAAGUCUCCCAGUAAGGGCAAUGAGGAACGCUCGUCCAAGCGCCACUGCCCGAGGACAACAUUGUCGGCAACGAAUGUCGGACCUCCUUCCUUGAACUUCCCAACCCCAGCUGAAACACCCAUCAGCACCCGCUCAUCGCCGUCGGUAGCAGUUGAGGUCGUGGGAGCUCCCAGCCUGGUCCCGCUGCCCACGACGCCGCCCCUUGCCAAACCCCGCUCGCCAAGCCCCUCCGAUCCCAUUGAACCUUCCCAGUUCAGGCCCCGGCCCACACCAAACCUUUCCGAGAUGUUCGCGAGGGCAAAUCGCGACAAAUGGCGCCAGCGGUGCGAAGACCUCUUCAACCGCGCAGACCGCCUCAACUCUGAUGCCCGCCUCGAUGCCGACACUCGCUUUGAUGUCGACCUCAGCUUCGACGCGGACUGCUUCGAUGAGGAUGACGGUUUCGAUACAGACUGCUUCUUCUAUACCAAGGGUUUCUACAACAACAACGAUUCCGAUGACGAUGAAGCCCAUUACAACCCCACUGUAACAAAGGGCAUUCCCUCAGCCUGCUCGGUGAUGGGCAACAUGAUCCCCGCCUUAACGGGCGCAGCCCAGACAAUGCUUAGGUUUACAGACAUUCCCUGGCCGGUUCAAAUCCAAAUCCUCGGUCCAUGGAAGAAGAGCAUUUCCGCCAACAUAACGGAAGACGACGUAAACCCAGAGAACGUGAGGGCCUUCGUACACGCCCUCGCCGACGACGAGGGGGUGGACGCACGUCAGGUAGUGGCGGACGCCCUCUGGUAUUUCGACCCUGAUCGCUUCGACGACCAAGUCCUCCCCCGCAUCUGGGGCAGUGACCGCCGCGUCGUACAAGUUGGCGCCGAGACGGUCUGGCGCUCCCUUACUGACAUUCUUGCGCGCCCCGACACCUCGGAACUUACUCUCCUGGAGGUCAACGCCGGCAAUUCGCGCCAAUGGGAAGCGUCGCUGUUCGCCCCGACCGUUCGUCCGCUGUAA